AUGUUAGUUGUUACUGGCGAUGCAAUUGAACCGAAUGGCGAGACUCAAAACCUUUAUCGAUACAUUUUUGAUUUCCAGUUACACUUAAUAUCAGCACAAUUCCCGCAACACAUCGACCUCCAAAAGGUCGGAGAAGUCAAAUUUAACCAUGAAAAAUACAACGUUCUAAGGCCAACAUUGCACAAAGUCGAAGACUAUUUCCGCAACUUUAUGAUGAGACGUGACAGUACUGAUUUUCCGACAAAACGGGUGUUUAUUGACCAUAAUGGCUUCCGACAUUAUUGGAGUGGUUUUGAAGAAGUCGAAAAGAAUUUGAGAAAGUCAGAAACACCAUCUGAUGUGAAGAAUGACACAGAAAUUGUUACAGCAACAAAUAGAAAUGUUAGUAAACAAAACAGCACAGUUACUAAAAGGCUGCCCAAAAGAAGAAAGAGGCUUAAGUCUAUACCAAGUACUAAUAUUUUGAGAGCGUCAAAUGGUACUCGAACUAUCGCGAAAACGUCAUUCUUUUGCCCGUUCUUUGGAGUUGUAACUAUGACUACUUUUUUGGACUAA